CAAUCUGGUUUUCGACCUUUCGUCUCUAAUGUAUUAGAAACACAAAAAACAGAGUAACAGAGAAAAUUUUCAGACCGAAACAAGAAGAUAAAUUAGUUUCCGUUUUAUGUUAAAUGCAUCAAAAGAAAUCCGGGAAACAUCAAGAGAUCGGAAAAGCAAGCAGCGACUGCAUCUCUUCCGAUUUCGACCAUUCCACUUCUUUACUAAUCCCUUCCUUGGAUAAUCAUCGAUUCAAUCGAAACAACCUACAAAAGAAUCCAAAUGUUCCCACUCAAAACAGGUCUCAUCUCAUCAUCCAAAUCCCAUCCUCAACGAACCCAUCACCACCACCACCACCACCACCAUCGACAACGACAACCCAUCAUCAGGAAAGACCUAAUGACUUUUCUCCAACUCAUGCCCUUCUCUCAACACCCCACAAGAGGUCUGUAAUGACACAGAAUCCCCUUUCUCAUUCCCCAACUCCGUCUUCUUUCAAGAACCGCCAUAAUCACCGCCAAAGGAUUGAUAGAUUAGCUUUAACCACCUCUUGUUUUACUUUUAUUGCUGUUCCUUUCGACGCUCAAGAACUGGGUAGGAAACUCGUUCAUCAUCUGAACCGUGGCCGUUUGCUUUGUUUCCACUUGCGUUUUCUUGUUUUGCUUGCUCUGCCUUCGCUGUAUUUCUUGGUCUCUUAUCCGCGGAGGUUCCUCGUGUUGAAUCUUCUCGCUUUGCUUGCUUUCUUGCUUACCCUUUGGGUUUCUCUCAACCUUGCACUCCCUCGCUUGCCUUCGAUUCGAUUACUUCUUGCUCGCUCUUUGCCUGCCAAGUUCACUCGACUAGGUUCAUCUUCCAUAUCUUCAAAAGCAGUUGUUUGGUCAAUUGGGUCAAAGCCAAAAUCUGAGAAGAAGGCGAAUUCGGGGACUUGGGUACAAGUUUACAGUAACGGGGAUGUGUACGAGGGUGAAUUUCACAAGGGGAAAUGUUCAGGGAGUGGGGUUUAUUAUUACCAUAUGAAAGGGAGGUAUGAAGGGGAUUGGGUUGAUGGGAAAUAUGAUGGUUAUGGUGUGGAAACAUGGGCAAAAGGGAGCCGAUAUCGCGGUCAAUAUAGGCAGGGAUUAAGGCAUGGAAUUGGGGUGUAUAGGUUUUAUACUGGUGAUGUUUAUGCUGGUGAAUGGUCUAAUGGGCAGUGCCAUGGAUGUGGAGUUCAUGCUUGUGAGGAUGGCAGCAAGUAUGUGGGGGAAUUCAAGUGGGGUGUUAAACAUGGACUUGGUCAUUACCACUUCAGAAACGGGGACGAAUAUUUUGGGGAAUAUUUUUCCGACAAGAUGCAUGGCUUUGGUGUUUAUCAAUUUGGAAAUGGACACCGCUAUGAGGGGGCUUGGCAUGAAGGAAGAAGGCAGGGAUUUGGUACAUACACUUUCAGAAAUGGUGAGGCACAAUCCGGUCACUGGCAAAAUGGUGCUCUCGAUGUUCUUAGCGCACAAAAUACUCGACCCAGAGUCCUUCAGGCUGUCCAGGAAGCAUGGCGAGCUGCUGAGAAAGCUCGUGACGUUGCAAAGAUUGACAAGAGAGUGCAUAAAGCUGUGUCAGCUGCAAACAAAGCAGCCAAUGCUGCCAGAGUGGUGGCUGUUAAAGCUGUCCAGAAACAAAUGCAUCAUCAUAACAGUGAAGAAAUACCAACCGUGAUAGCCUGAACCUAAUACAAGGAAUGUAGUAGAGCCUUAAAAAACACCAAAAAUGGUUACAACUGUUCUCUUCAAUUUUCGAAGUGAGAACUGCAAGGUUCCUGCUUGGAACCAUGUUCAAUCGUCAUUCAAAGAUGGUUAUUUGAUCAUGGAGCAAGAAAUGGACCUUUCCCUUUCUUUUAAUGGCUUAAGAAAUGUAUAUAAGCUGAGUUUACGAGAGAGAUGGCACUGAGGUGGGUGCCUAAAGAGUAUGGUGAUAUUUCUAUCUUUUUUCUUCUUGUAAAUGUAAUUAGUCGUAGUUCUAGAUCCUGGAACUCUGGAUAAAACAUCCAGUCCUCCCAAGGCCAGCUUCGUAUGCACGUUGGUUACAAUAAUAAACAAAAGAAGUCAUUUUCGAGCAA